AUGCGUUCUCCUGUCGUGGAAGGGCAAACAUGGGAGAACGUCGAGGAGACUCGUUCAACUCCUAGCAGCGUGAAAGCUUUGCGGAGAGAGCGUGGAGGAGUCGGAGUGACUUUCCUAAUCCCGACGAGGUCUCAGAGGCCGUGGUCCCCUCCGUUGGGGUUUCAGUGUGUCUACGAGUCAUACUUCCAGAGCGAGACCAAGCUCUGGUUUCCGAUUCCUCGAGUCAUCACAUCUUAUGCGAGACGUCGUGACGCAGCGAAGAGUCAGUUCUUGAAUGGCGUGUUCCGUAUUUCGGUAGCGUUGAUGGUGACGGCGGCGGAGAUCGAUAUCUCAAUGAGCGUGCAGACUCUUGAAGAGCUGGCUUACGUCAAGUCUAUGGGGGACGGAUUGUUCUCGAUUCAGAUGAGGCUCAACUACAAUGUUAUUAUUGACCACCCCAGCAGGACGGCCAAUUGGCAGCGCUUCUAUUUUUACGUCAAAUAUGACGUUGAUCACCCAGAUUCGGCCUCCUAUCCAGAAGAGUUCAUUGCUAACGCUCGUGCCGUCGUGUCGCGUGUUCAAGUAAGCUGGAAAGACAUCACCGUUGAGAGGAUUCGAAGAGCCAUCGCCAGGAUCUCGAAGAGUAAGGGACUGGAGAUCCGAUUUGCCACCUUUGAUUACUGGCAACAAGCAGCCAUUUCGAUAUUCAAUCGUGUCGAGCAAAAGGUGAUCAACGCAGCUAGGGAAAUGAAGGAACUUCCGGACUUAAGUGCACUAAUCAAGAAGAAGCAGAGCGGAGUGAAAAAGAUAUCUUCUGCGACUCCUGGUGAGACGACUCUUAGUAGGACGACUCCUGGGCUUCCCCCUCUUCCUAUUUCCCCAAGACCAUCUGUAGGCCCGAUUAAUAUCGAGUCCUCGAGGGAGGAUCUCGUGCAGUCUUCUGGACGAGAGACUGUCGAGCCGUCGGUGACGGACAGUAACAAGAAGAAAAGGUCUGGUCCUGAUUCUUCUGCUUCAAUCGAUACCCAAGCGAGGACCGGAUCUGAUGAACCUCCGAAGAAGAAGAAGAAGAAGGAGAAGAAAAAGAGGAGGAAGUCUAUCGAGAGGCAGUCGGAACCUGUCGGGGACUCUGAGGGUCACGAACCUGUCGUUCAUGAGGGCUCUCCUCGUGAGGCUGCGACUCGAGCGACUCCUCCGGUGGCACCUCCAGCGACUACGGGGGGUGGUUCAACUUCGGAGGAACGUCGAAUCAAAUUCUGCGAUCGCGUUGAAUUCAAGUGUGACAGCGACACCCCUCUUGCUUAUGCUCCAUCGGAAUGCGCUGAGCUUAUCCGACAAAUUCGAGGUGGUGCCAAGGACAUGCCUCCAAUUAAAGAUCUCAUCUUCAAGGAUACAUAUGUCGAUGCAGCGAGGACCAAGGUUUUGUACGACUCAGCCCUUAAAGAGACCAUCUCCAAGCUGAAGCAAUCUGACAGACUCGCGCGAGCGAGGGACACGGCUCUCAACCGCAAGACGAGUGAAUUCAGGGCGGCGAUCGACAAGGCAGCAGCGGAGCAGAGUCGGUUGCUCGCAGACAAGAAAGCUCAUAAGGAGAAGUUUAUGGAGAGGUUAAGGGAGCUGAAGGACAAAUUCAAAAAUGCUGGCGAGAAGAUCAGAGGACUCGAACGAGAGAAAGCUACUUUGGAAAAAGAGAAAGCUGCUUUGGAGGAGAGGAGGAUGGCUACGGCUCUAAGGCAUCUGAAGGAGGUCAACCGGUUAAGGGACUCUCGAAGUUACGAGGUUACACAUGAGUGA